CUACAGGCGGGCGCGGCGGCGGUGUGCGGCCGGCGGUGUAGACGCCCCUUGGCCGGGACCCCGGGGCCCGGGACCGACCGGCCGGCCGGCGGUGUUGCCUGGAAGACCAGAUAAUUGAAAGCAAUCAUAUUUUGGUAUCAUGGACCUACUGUGGCGGUAUAUAAAAAGAGAUAAGUAUGCUCCCAGGAAGUAGCUGCUGCUCUACCAAUCACAAAAUGUAUUGAAGGGUGCCUCCUAAGAAUUUUAUCAUGUGAAAUCUUUCUGAUUUUCUAUCGGCUCUUUUUAGAAAUGCAGAUAAAGAAGAUGAAGGAUAUUGGACAGCAGUUGUAUACUACACAAAUGAAUGGCAGCCAUAAUUCCUUGACCAUGUCUCCCAAACAACCUGAUGCUAACAGAGCAACUCGACCAGAUAGACAAGAAGUGCAGACACUUUUGUAUCAAGGCUCAGAGGCAGAGGCUGCCACAAUGACCAUUGCUACAUGUGUACAAUGCAAAAGUGUUCAUCAGAUCCCUCUUCAAGAUUUGAAAAAGGGCACCGGGCAAAGCCAAAGGGAAGGCAAAUAUGUCUGCUUCCGAUGCAGCUUUGGUGUGGCUCCUCCCCAUUUUCAUUUUGUGAACAAUAAUCCCAGUGCUGCUCAUGUUGGAAAUAAAACUGAAGCCAUCUCAAGUUCUGUCAAUAACAAAUUUAAGGUAAGGAACUUUAAGCCAGGCAAAUACUAUUGUGAUAAAUGUCGAUUUUCCACAAAGGACCCUCUGCAGUACAAAAAGCACACACUUCAGCAUGAAGAGAUUAAAUUCAUUUGUUCUCACUGCAGCUACAUCUCUUACACAAAAGGAGAGUUUCAGAGGCAUUUGGUGAAACAUACAGGCAUUUUCCCUUAUCGGUGUGAGUAUUGUGACUACGGUGCUAUUAGAAAUGAUUAUAUCGUCAAGCACAGGAAGAGAGUACACGAGAGGGCAGGUGCAAAACGGCCACCCAAAACCCUUGCCAAGCUGGAGCCACAAAAAGCCAGCUCUUCAAAACAAAACGCAGGGCUUUUAAAAGUUUCCAGUCCAAGGACUACAUUUCAAAAUACGUUGUCAGAUCAACUUUCAGGAUUCUCUCUCCAUGCAAAUAAAGACAAAAUGCACAAUAUCAUGUUGUUACCUGAAUCAAAGGAAUACCAAAAAGAUGUGGUGUGUAUUCCAAAAAAAAUGACCCUAUCUGAGCCAAAUGCAGUCAGUCUGUUUGAGAACAAAAGUGUUGAGGUGGAAGUGUUGUCCCCUGCAAAAGAACCUGUUCAGCCAGGUAUGCCAUUAACAGUUGUGGCACCGGCGGAACUAGUUGUCCCUGCAAACUGUUUAGCCCAGUUGAUAGACGUGAAGGUUGUCAACGGCACACAGCAGCUUGUUCUGAAAUUGUUUCCACUGGAAGAGAAUAACUCCCUUGAAGCUGGCAGGGGUGAUAGAAGUCAUUCUGGGCGUAUGACUAAAAAGAAUGGUUCAAAUGAGCCAGAAAAAAUAGUUUCUGCAGAAAAAUCUAAGUCACUAACCGUUGAAGGGAAUGUUGGAAAACUUAUAGGCAUUGAUAAUCUUCAAUCUUCAGUUCAGGAUCAACUAAAAAAUGUGAAAUGGGUACAGUCUUAUGAUUUUUUAAUGUCAAAUUCUAGUAUGCACAACCAUGGAGAAUCAUCCCUCAAUUCUGAUACAUUUCAGGAGUUGCAGGAUAAAUAUCUGUAUCCACAUCGAACUUCUCUUCCUUCUAUUGCCUUAAAAAGUCAUUCUCCAGCAUCUCUAGUAAAAAACAGGGUUUUAUGUGGUCUUGGAGCAGCAUUAGACCCUUUUCCAUAUAAAGCUUCUGUUUCUUUUGCUGAAGGUGGAAGAGACCUGCACAGUGACGCACGGCAGCUAUUUCCUCUUGCUGCUUCACCAGCGACUGUUUCCUUCUCUGGGGAAAAGGGCUUAUUGCCUGCAAGUAGGAAUGACUUGGAACCUAGAAGUAAGAUCAGUAUUCCUGUGAAAAUGAUUCCCUCUAAUAGGAAGCUGGAAAAUAACCAGACAGAGGAAUCCAAGGCAGUUUCAAAUACAGGCCAGCUUUCCUCUCAACAUAAAAGUGAGUAUUUUAACAUAAAUAUAACAGGAGACGAUAGAAGUAGAUCUCAUCAGCCUGGGGAUAAACCUUUGGAAUUAAAGAAUUUGGAAAGGACCAGUGACACUUUUGAUGGCCCGGUCAUUUCAUCAGUAUUUUCUCUGAGCUCUGGAUCUGAAAAUGUCCCUGAGGGCAUUAAAUGGAAUAGUUCAACGUCCAAAAUAAAGUCAAUUGAACUGUUACGCAGAAAGAUAGCUCAGUUAAUUGAAUCUUGUGGCAAGCCUUCAUCUUUGGCUGCAAAUAGUGCACAUCGUCGUUCUGUGGGGCAGGUGUCAAAGGCAACUUCGAAAGCUACUCCUGAAGGUAUUCAGGAAAUAAAUGUGUCAUUCACUAGCCCUGGCUAUUCCACAUGUACUCUCCAAAAACCUCAGAAUGUUGGUGGUGUUACAAGAAAUGGACAGCUUAUUCGUCAGCAAAUAUAUCCACAGUUUGUUGAUGGCAGCAAUGGGAAAACCGAAAACAGGGUGACUGGGAAGGCUCAUGUUGCUACUCCAGUGUUGAUCCCCAAAGGGGCUGUGUUGAGGGUUCUUAAUUCCUCUGAGGAUGCCCACAUUAUAGAGGCCACUUGUGAAGCACCUGUCAGCAUACCUUGCAGUGAAACACAGUUGUUGAAACCGGUCCCCUUCUGCCCUGUGAAACAGACAGACUCCGGAUUACAGCCUUUGACAAGUGAGAGUGGGCCAAUAGACAUGUCCCAAAAUCUUGAGGCAUCUCUUCAGCCUAAACCAAGAAAAGAGGGUGCGAUCUGUAGCACCACCCCUAAAAAAACCGGCCCCCUGCAGGGACAGCAAGGAAGCAGUGAACUGAGGAAGCAAGGCAGGCUGCUGUCCAGGACUGUCCCUAUAGGUAGGAAUAAAGGCAAACUAGUAAACGUGUCCAAGAAGAAGAACAAGAUUCAGGCUGACCCCAGCUGCUGUCUCAAGGACCCUACGAUUUUUCAGGUUGCAAGACAGCUUCGACUGAUAGCAGCUAAACCGGAUCAGUUGAUUAAAUGCCCCCGUCGGAACCAGCCGGUCAUUGUGUUAAACCAUCCUGAUGUGGACUCACCAGAAGUGACCAAUGUGAUGAAGGUGAUAAAUAAGUACAAGGGCAAUGUCCUCAAAGUCGUUUUAUCCGAGAGGACUAGGUGUCAGCUGGGCAUCCGGCGGCAUCAUGUGCGGCUGACCUACCAGAAUGUGGAGGAAGCCAAUCAAAUUAAAAGGCAAAUGAUGUUGAAAAUGAAACUGAAAAAAGUUCAUAAAAACAACUACCAGGUGGUGGAUUCCUUGCCCUAUGAUUCAUCACAGUGUAUGUUUAAGUGCUGGUUUUGUGGGCGGCUGUACGAAGACCAGGAAGAGUGGAUGAGUCACGGCCAGCGGCAUUUGAUAGAAGCCACCAGAGACUGGGAUGUUCUUUCUUCCAAGGGCAAAUAAGUCAAAAAAAAUUGGUCUUUGAAGCAAGUUGUUUUUCUUUUAGUUUAUUCUGGUUUAGGCCCCCCCCCACCACCAGACUCAAUAGGAGAAAUACAGACUAUAGCAAUGAGAGGAUUGUUAAUUCUUAAGAUCCCCUAUAGGAAUGUCGAGAGCCAGGGGUCAUAACCUGAGAUACGUGAUUGGACCUCAGAAGGUAUUUGAAGCCUCUAAAAUUGUACGCACAAUCGAUGUACAUGUAUUGUUCUGGAGAGAGGAUGUGAAACUUUCAACAGAUUUUUCAGCGGGAUCCGAGAUCUUUCAUUGUUUAGUACUCCUUUUUCUGAGUAGAUACAAAUCUUUUGUAAUCCAUUCAAAGGAGCAAGAAUGUUUUACACAUGCUCUUUAUAUAAAUGCUACUUAAGAAUUAAACCUG